AUGUUCUCAUUUCUACAGCAGCAAAGUGCCCAACCCUCAUAUGAAUUAAUGGAUAUACCUAAUGAUGAAGACGAAGUAAGAUCAAGUGAUUCUAGAGAUUCUGCAGAUUCAAUAUCGUCAAUGAUCUUUGAGGAGAUCGACAACUUUACUUUGGCUGAUGGUAAUGCUGAUGAAGUCAAAAGCUCCUUCCAUAAUAGUGCUGCUUUCCAAAAGGUAUUGAACAAUUAUAAGGGUACUAAGACCAUAUUCCAAUCAAAUAUAUGUCGAUUAUUAGUAGUUUUAUCAAUAGGUGUAUGGAUUUUAGGACUCCUAGUGUAUGCCAAUCUGAGUCCGAAACAUUUGAUCCAAAAGUUCAAGUCUCACACUAACAUAAUCCCCUUCAAUGGACGAAAUAUCACCAUUAACUCCUAUGACGCCUUAUUAUCAAACAUAUCUUUGCAAGAUACAAGAAACGAAAAGUAUUAUCCUGAAAUGGUCCCCAUUUUCUGGCUUGAAGAGACCCAAAUUCCCCAAAGGUUAGUAUUGGAUAAUAAUAUUAAAGGGGGUUAUUAUAUCACUUCAGACCAUCAAACAUAUUCAAUUGGGAAGAUCAACUCCAAUAAGAAACAAGUAUUGAUAUCAUCUAUUCAAUUUGAAUAUGAAAACAACUUCUUCUACAUUCAACAACUCAUUCUUAAUCCCAAUGCUCCUGUUGAUGAUCCGGAUGUGUGGCAUAUAGUGGUAACAGAUAUUCAAAUGGAAUGGCGACAUCUGAAAUAUGGUAUUUAUUGGCUUUAUAAUCCCAUGACUAAUAUCGGCAAGCCGAUUCAACCACCAUUUACAGAUUUGUCGACUGAAUUAUUCAAGUUACACUUUGCUGAGUUCUCGGCCAAUGGUACCUACAUUGCCUUUGGAUACAAUAAUGAUGUCUAUUUGUUAGAGUUAAACAAUUCUUUGAAAACUACCCGAAUUACUUCUGAUGGCUCAAAGGACGUUUUCAACGGUAAAAUAGAUUGGGUAUACGAAGAGGAAGUUUGUGGCACCGAUAGACAAAUUUGGUGGUCACCUGAUGAAACCAAGUUGGCAUUCUUGAGGUUGGAUGAUUCCAACGUUGAAGAUUUCACCUUGGACUAUUAUAUUAAACACGUUGACGAGAUUGGUGGGUCUGUUAGCUUACCACAAGCUAAUAGUGUUGAAGAUAACAUCAACAAGUAUCCACUCAGAUUGAAGUAUAAGUAUCCUAAAACUGGCUCAAACAAUCCAUUACCUUCAAUUCAAAUCUACGAUAUACCUAGCAAUGAAUUGAAACCCAUAAAUGAUGAUAAUCUCAAGAAAGAAUUGGGGAAUGAUUAUAUUGUCUAUUCUGCUGGUUGGGUGGGAAUGGAUAAUAUGUUGAUCAAGUUCACCGAUAGAACAAGCUCUCUAUUGAAAACAUGUGUUUUCAGUUCCAAAAAGGAUAAACUAAUUGAUGUUUCCCACGUCAAUGUGACUACAGAAUACAACGGUUGGGUUGCUAAAACCCCUCCAAUUGUUCCACUUCCUAAUACAGAGAAAUAUAUUGAUAGGGUUGUGGCCAAUGGGAUGGUGCAUUUAGGGUUGUUUUCCGAUGUUUUUUCUUCAAAAUAUGAGUUAUUGACUAACUCAAACGCCUGGGGUGUUGUAGACAAUGCUCCAAUUGUCUACGAUCAUAUGGAGAAUUAUGUCUAUACUCUAAUCACCAUUAAGUCAUCCAUGGAUGCACAUUUGGUGGGGAUUGACUUACUGAAUAAUGAUCACAAAAUGGUGGCUUUAACAAACACAACUGUUGAUGGGAAGUAUGAAAUUCAUUUCAGCAAAGAUGGACAAUAUAUUAAUCUUCAAUACAGAGGACCUGAAGUUCCAUGGCAGAAAUUGAUUAAUUUACAAGAUAUGCAUAACUUUCUUAAAGACGAAGAGGGGACUUUUUCAUUUGAAGACAUAUUCCACAAGUUCCCAAGUAUAAAUAAGAGUGGUGAUAGAAUACAGAAAGCUUUAUCUUCCAUGAAUGUCCCUACAAGAACUUUUUCAACAGUUAAAGUCGAUGGGACCGAACUCAAUGUUUUGGAGAUUCUUCCUCCAAACUUCAACCCGUCAAAGAAACAUCUGUUAUUUGUUCACGUUUAUGGAGGGCCUGGAUCUCAAACCGUGGAUAAAACCUUCAACGUAGGUUUUUUGGACGUUGUAAGUUCAUCUUUGGAUACAGUGGUUCUUGUUAUUGAACCCCGGGGUACAGGAGGGAAAUCAUGGCAUUUCAAAUCAUUUGCACGGAAUCGCUUGGGGUACUGGGAACCUCGAGAUUUGGUGAAUGUUGUUUCUGAAUAUAUAUCAACCAACAAAGCUUAUAUUAACGAUGAAAGAGUUGCAUUAUGGGGUUGGUCUUAUGGAGGAUUUGUUACGUUAAAGACUUUGGAAUAUGAUAAAGGUUCAAUUUUCAAGUACGGAAUGGCUGUGGCUCCUGUUACCAAUUGGAUGUUUUAUGACUCCAUUUACACAGAAAGAUAUAUGGGGAAUCCAGAGUCUAACCCCAUGUACAAAUCUCUGGCACAGAUAGUUGAUUUUGAAAGUUUCAAAAAAGUUCAACGGUUCCUUAUUAUGCAUGGUACAUCUGAUGAUAAUGUGCAUUUACAGAAUCUGCUUUGGCUACUUGAUAAGUUUGAUGCCAAAGAAGUUGAGAAUUAUGAUGUCCAUUACUUUCCAGAUAGCGAUCAUUCCAUUUAUUAUCAUAAUGCUGGAAUUGCUAUUCAUGAUAAGUUGAUCCAUUGGCUUUAUGAUGCUUUCAAUGGUCGAUUUGACUCUGGGUUCAUGUAA